AUGGUUUCUCCUGCGAUCGCUCUGGCCUUCAUUCCCCUCCUGCUGACAGUUCUUAUAAGAUGCCGCUUCUACUUUGUGCUGUUCUAUCGGGCGGUCCUGGUCAGAAUAUGGAGGGACUGGAUGACUGGCCUGAGCCGCGAGGAGCGUGCUUACCAGUACGUUCUCACUCACGCCACCCCCGGAGACCCGGACAGCAUCCUGGAGGCCUUCGACGUCUGGUGCAGCAGAGUGGAGUUCAUCAGCAACAUUGGGCCUAAAAAAGGGAAGAUCCUAGACCGGCUGAUAAUGCAGCAGAGCCCUCUGACGGUGCUGGAGCUGGGGGCCCACUGCGGGUACAGCACGGUGCGGAUCGCCCGCUCUCUGCCUCUGGGCGCCCGCGUGUACAGCCUGGAGAUGGACCCGAGGAACGCCGCUGUCGCUGAGAAAAUCAUCCGCCUGGCAGGGUUUGACGACGACACGGUGGAGCUCAUUGUGAAUCCAUCUGAUGAGGUCAUCCCUCAACUGCGGUCUGAGUAUGGCUUGGAAAGGCUGGAUUUUGUCUUCAUGGACCACUGGAAGAAAUGUUACCUCCCUGAUCUGCAGAUGCUGGAGGGCUCUGGUCUGCUGGGGAAAGGGUCUAUGAUCGUGGCCGACAACGUGCUGUUCCCCGGGGCUCCGAAGUUCCUCAGGCACAUCCGCAAGAGCGGCCUGUAUGAGUGGAAGGUCCACCGGGCCACACUAGAGUACAGCAAAGGCAUCAGGGACGGGAUGGCUGAGCUGGUGUACCAGGGAACCAAGUAGACCACACUAGCCGGAUAUACAUUUUAAGCGGCAAGGGAUGAAAAGAUGAUGGCCUACUAUGUGUUUAAACAGUUUACUUUGUAUACUGUUCAUAUUCUUUGUAUACAACAGUCUCUGUGAGUUGCAGCCGUCCUGUCACCUAUCUAAUAAAAAAAGAGAAAAUCAGUAGAUGUCUUCUCAAAGAGCUUGUUAGUGAGCUCAUGAUAAAUGUCCGUUAUGUACAGGUUUAAUAGAAAAGAAAAUGUUUCCCUUCAGGUGCGAAAUGUAACCGUUGUCUGUUCAAAUCUUUACCCAUGUGAACUGUUGAAUGACAAGGA